AUGGAGGGGUUGCCCUGCCCGUGCCCAGCCCUGCCCCACUUCUGGCAGCUUGGGUCUCACUUCAUGGCUGAGGGCUCCAGGACUCAGGCCCCUGGGAAAGGGCCCCCACUCAGCAUCCAGUUCCUGCGAGCCCAGUAUGAAGGCUUGAAGAGGCAGCAGAGGACCCAGGCCCACCUCCUGGUGCUUCCGAAAGGAGGAAACACACCUGCUCCUGCAGAAUCGAUGGUCAAUGCUGUUUGGAUUAACAAGGAGAGAAGGAGCUCACUGUCCCUAGAAGAGGCAGAUUCCGAGGUGGAGGGGAGGCUGGAGGAGGCUGCCCAGGGCUGUCUUCAGGCCCCCGAGUCUCCAUGGCACACGCACCUGGAGAUGCAUUAUUUGGUCCAAACCUUCCCCCAGGACACCAGUCAUCAAGUACAUCAUAGGGGCAAGCUUGUGGGAUCUGACCAAAGGCUCCCUCCUGAAGGAGGCGCACACUUGUCUGAAACCAAUCAGAUGACUCAGCAAGGAACUGGAAUCCCAGAGGCUGCCCAGCUUCCAUGCCAGGUGGGCAAUACCCAAACGAAGGCAGUGGAAUCUGGCUUAAAAUUCAGCACUCAAUGUCCUCUUUCCAUAAAGAACCCACACAGGUCUGGCAAACCAGCUUACUAUCCAUUUCCCCGGAGGAAAACUCCCAGGAUCUCCCAAGCUGCCCGGAACCUGGGCUUAUAUGGCUCAGCCUGA